AUGCCGUCGCCCGCCAUCCUGCUCAACUCGCAACCGGCCGCGAUGCCGGACCCGGGCCUCUUCUCCGACAAGCUCGUCUCCGCCGAUGUCGCCGCCGCUCUGCCCCCCGGCUACCGCAUGCGCGCCCUGCGACGCUCCGACUACAACAGCGGCUUCCUCGAGUGCCUGCGCGUGCUGACGACCGUGGGCGACAUUACCGAGGAGGACUUUCAAAAACAGUACGAGGACAUGCAGGCCCAGACGGGGUCGUACUACAUCAUGGUCAUCGAGGACGCGGCCCGCACAGAAAACGCUGUCGUCGCAACAGGUGCUCUGAUUGUCGAGCGAAAGUUCAUCCACUCGCUCGGAAAAGUAGGCCACAUCGAAGACAUUGCUGUCGCCAAGGACCAGCAGGGCAAGAAGCUGGGCCUACGCCUCAUCCAGGCCCUCGACUACGUCGCCGCCAAUGUCGGCUGCUAUAAGACCAUUCUCGAUUGUAGCGAACAAAAUGAGGGCUUUUACGUCAAGUGUGGCUUCCGCCGUGCCGGUCUCGAGAUGGCACACUACCACGAGGGGCCCAAGAGCAAAGUUGGCGCAGAGAGCAGAAUUUAG